CAAACCGACUUCCGGUAGGUCUACUCUGCUUCUCUCUCUACUGGUUUGCGAUUGACGGAUGGCAUCACCGGGAGAACCAAAUCGGACGGCGGAGGAUGAAUCUCAAGCAGCCGCCCGGCGAAUCGAACGGCUGUCUUUACACCUGACUCCGAUUCCCCUUGAUGAUUCGCAGGGGGUGGAGAUGGAAACGUGCGCGGCGGGGAAAGCGAAGGCGAAAAUCGAAGUGGAUAUGGGGAGUUUAUCACUGUAUAUGAGGGGGAAACACAGGGAGAUUCAAGAGCGAGUGUUUGAGUACUUCAAUUCGAGGCCUGAAUUGCAGACGCCGGUGGGGAUCUCCAUGGCCGAUCAUCGGGAGCUCUGUAUGAAGCAAUUGGUAGGUCUGGUCAGGGAAGCCGGAAUUAGGCCGUUUAGGUUUGUUAAUGAAGAUCCUGCUAAGUAUUUCGCUAUUAUGGAGGCUGUUGGAAGUGUGGAUGUCUCUCUCGCCAUUAAAAUGGGCGUCCAGUUCAGUCUAUGGGGUGGCUCUGUCAUCAAUUUAGGAACCAAAAAGCACAGAGACAGAUUCUUUGAUGGUAUUGACAAUGUGGAUUAUCCUGGCUGCUUUGCUAUGACUGAACUUCAUCAUGGCUCAAACGUUCAGGGUCUCCAAACAACAGCUACAUUCGAUCCGAUCACGGACGAAUUCAUUAUCAAUACACCAAAUGACGGAGCCAUCAAAUGGUGGAUUGGCAAUGCUGCAGUUCACGGCAAGUUUGCCACGGUUUUCGCUAAGCUCGUGUUGCCAACUCAUGAUUCUAGAAAGACUGCUGAUAUGGGCGUCCAUGCUUUCAUUGUUCCAAUAAGAGAUCUCAAGUCUCAUAAAACACUUCCAGGAAUUGAAAUCCAUGAUUGUGGCCACAAGGUAGGCCUCAAUGGUGUCGAUAAUGGAGCGUUGAGAUUCCGUUCAGUGAGAAUUCCACGAGAUAAUCUCCUCAAUCGAUUUGGAGAGGUAUCCCGGGACGGGAAGUAUAAGAGUAGUCUACCAUCUAUCAAUAAAAGAUUUGCAGCAACAUUAGGAGAACUUGUAGGUGGAAGAGUUGGGCUAGCAUAUUCUUCAGCUAGUGUUCUUAAGAUUGCUUCCACAAUUGCUAUUCGUUAUUCGCUGUUGCGCCAGCAGUUUGGCCCACCAAAGCAGCCUGAAGUCAGUAUUUUGGAUUACCAGUCUCAGCAGCACAAGCUUAUGCCAAUGCUGGCUUCAACUUACGCCUUCCAUUUCUCUACUAUGCAACUUGUGGAAAAGUAUGCACAGAUGAAGAAGACUCAUGAUGAAGAACUAGUUGGAGAUGUGCACGCGUUAUCGGCAGGCCUCAAGGCUUACGUUACUUCUUACACGGCGAAAUCCUUGAGUACCUGCAGGGAAGCCUGUGGCGGCCAUGGAUACGCUGUCGUCAAUCGCUUCGGUACUCUUAGGAACGAUCACGACAUUUUCCAGACUUUUGAAGGAGACAAUACUGUUCUUCUACAACAGGUUGCAGCCUACCUCUUGAAGCAAUACCAGGAGAAAUUUCAAGGUGGGACACUUGCAGUUACAUGGAACUACCUGCGAGAGUCGAUGAAUACAUAUCUGUCUCAACCGAAUCCCGUCACGGCACGGUGGGAAAGUGCAGACCAUCUCCGAGAUCCUAAGUUUCAGUUAGAUGCCUUCCAAUAUCGAACGUCUCGAUUACUUCAAAGUGUAGCUGUUCGUCUCCGGAAACAUACUAAAAACCUUGGAAGCUUUGGUGCAUGGAAUAGAUGCCUGAAUCACCUCUUGACUCUUGCAGAAUCCCACAUUGAAUCUGUAAUCCUCGCUCAGUUUAUCGAAUCUGUACAAAGAUGUCCCAAUGCAAAUACACAGGCUACUCUGAAACUCGUAUGCGACCUUUACGCCUUGGAUCGAAUCUGGAAUGACAUCGGAACAUACCGAAAUGUCGACUACGUAGCUCCCAACAAAGCAAAGGCUAUCCACAAGCUCACUGAAUAUCUAUGUUUUCAAGUGAGAAACAUCGCACAAGAACUGGUCGAUGCAUUCGAUCUUCCAGAUCAUGUAACUCGGGCACCCAUCGCAAUGAAGUCGAAUGCUUACUCCCAGUACACGCAGUACAUCGGAUUCUGAUAGCCAACCAGUACAAAAUUGCAUUCAAACUUGGACCACUGGUGAGUGGUUAGCUACCAAAACCUCAUAUCAGUAUUGUGAUCACUGAUAAAAACUAUUGGCUGUGUCAAUUCUAUACCAAUUGUCAUGUUGUCUUUGUUCUUUUCUUCUCUAUGUAUUGGAAAAGAUCGAGACAACUAAAUUGUCAAUAAUAAGUUAUAUGGAUGUUUACAGGAAGAAAUGAAUUAUCAUUACUCAA